CCCCCACUAUUUAAGGCCUUUUCGGCAACGAAGCACCACCACUUUUUUUCCGUGCAUAAGCGAGUCGGACGCGAGUGCGAAUUAUUUAUUGGAUUUGAAAGUCUUGAUUUUCGUGACGUGGCCUUUCGCCGGAAGAACUGAUACCACGUCCUUCAUCAACUGAGAUAUCCCCAAUCAUGAAAUACUAUCUACUGCUGGGCAUCUUGCUUCUGGCAGGCGUUAAUCAGAUCGCUGCCGCAGAAGAUGAGGCUUCCACCGAGACCAUCGACCUGGACCUGGGUUCCUUCAAAGAGGGUUCUCGAACAGACGCAGAGACGCUAAAGAGGGAGGAAGAGGCCAUUCAACUGGACGGUCUUAAUGUGGCGCAGUUGAAGGAGCUCCGUGAAAAGGCCGAAAAGUUCACUUUCCAAACCGAAGUGAACCGAAUGAUGAAGCUCAUCAUCAACUCGCUGUACCGCAACAAGGAGAUUUUCCUGCGUGAGUUGAUUUCCAAUGCUUCCGACGCCAUCGACAAGAUCCGCCUGCUGGCGUUGACCAGUGCCAAGGAGCUGGAAAGCAACCCUGAGCUGCACAUCCGCAUCAAGGCCGAUAAAGAGAACAAGGCGCUGCACAUCAUGGACUCUGGUAUUGGCAUGACCCAUCAGGAUCUGAUCAAUAACUUGGGUACGAUCGCCAAGUCUGGCACUGCCGAUUUCCUGGCCAAAAUGCAGGAUCCCACCAAGUCGGAGGGAAGCGAUCUGAACGACAUGAUCGGGCAGUUUGGAGUGGGUUUCUACUCGGCUUUCCUGGUCGCCGAUCGCGUGGUGGUGACCACCAAGCACAACGAUGAUAAGCAGUAUAUCUGGGAGUCGGACGCCAACAGCUUCAGCAUCACCGAGGAUCCCCGCGGAGAUACCCUUAAGCGAGGAUCCGUGAUUUCGCUGUACCUCAAGGAGGAGGCCCAGGACUUCCUGGAGGAGGAGACCGUCCGUGAGCUUAUUCGCAAGUACUCGCAGUUCAUCAACUUCCCCAUUCUGAUGUGGUCGAGCAAGACCGUGGACGAGGAGGUGCCCAUUGAGGAGGAGGCGAAGCCAGAGAAGACCGAAGAUGAUGUGGAGGAUGAGGACGCCAAGGUGGAAGAGGCCAGCGAAGAUGACAAGCCCAAGACCAAGAAGGUGUCCAAGACCACCUGGGACUGGCUCCUGAUCAAUGACAGCAAACCCAUCUGGACCCGCAAGCCCGCCGAGGUUACCGAAGAUGAGUACACCAGCUUCUACAAGAGCCUGACCAAGGACUCCAGUGAGCCCCUCACGCAGACUCACUUCAUCGCCGAGGGAGAGGUUACUUUCAAGAGUUUGCUCUACGUACCUAAAGUUCAGCCUUCGGAGUCCUUCAACCGCUACGGCACCAAGUCGGACAACAUCAAGCUUUACGUCCGCCGUGUCUUCAUCACCGACGAGUUCAACGACAUGAUGCCCAAUUACCUGAGCUUCAUCCGCGGUGUGGUAGAUUCCGACGACCUUCCCCUGAACGUUUCUCGCGAGACCCUCCAGCAGCACAAACUCAUCAAGGUGAUUAAGAAGAAGCUGGUACGAAAGGUUCUGGAUAUGCUGAAGAAGAUCGACAAGGAGGCCUACCUGAAGUUCUGGAAAGAGUUCUCCACCAACAUCAAGUUGGGAGUGAUGGAGGACCCCAGCAACCGAUCUCGUCUCGCCAAGCUGCUUCGCUUCCAGACCUCAAACGGCAAGGGCGUCACCUCCCUGGCUGAAUACGUGGAGCGCAUGAAGUCCAAGCAGGAGCAUAUCUACUAUAUUGCCGGCGCCAACCGCGGUGAGGUGGAGAAGUCGCCCUUCGUCGAGCGUCUCCUGAGCAAGGGAUACGAAGUGCUCUACUUGGUGGAGGCUGUCGAUGAGUACUGCAUUUCGGCUCUGCCCGAGUUCGAUGGCAAGAAGUUCCAGAACGUGGCCAAGGAGGGCUUCAAGCUCAACGAGUCUGAGAAGAGCAAGAAGAGCUUCGAGCUGCUGAAGAGCACUUUUGAGCCUCUAGUUAAAUGGCUUAACGAUGUCGCUCUGAAGGAUCAGAUCUCCAAGGCUCAGGUGUCGGAAAGGUUAAGCAACUCCCCAUGCGCUCUGGUAGCCGGUGUGUUUGGCUGGACCGGUAACAUGGAGCGUCUGGCCAUGUCGAAUGCCCACCAGAAGGCCGACGAUCCCCAACGCACAUACUAUCUUAACCAGAAGAAAACGCUUGAGAUCAACCCCAGGCAUCCUCUGAUGCGCGAACUUCUGCGUCGUGUGGAGGCCGAUGAAGCUGAUGAUACCGCCAAGGACAUGGCCGUGAUGAUGUUCCGUACCGCCACCCUGCGAUCGGGAUACAUGCUUCAGGAAACAGCUCAGUUCGCCGAUAGCAUCGAGCUGAUGAUGCGACAGACUUUGGGAGUCUCACAGGAGGAGCAAAUCGAUUUCGAUGAAGAUGAGGACGACGAUACGGAGGAAACAAAGACGGAAAGCCAGGAGAACUCUACUGCCGAGGAUGAAGAGGAGGAUCAGCAGCACGACGAGCUUUAAGAGCUGUCCCAUGAUCCAGUCAUAUGCCCAAAUAGUUUGUACAUAGGAGUGUGGAGGUCAGACUGAGGUUAACCAACCACUUGCCGGGCGUUUGCGACUCAUCAACAUUACUUCCCGACAUGUCUAGAUUCUAAGUAAAGUAAUUUCGUAGCUCACGUAUCCACCAUUGCAAUUCGCCCAGAGAGCACUCCAUAACACUGCAACAUUCGGCUUCUUAAUCGUUUUCCUUUUUCGAAAGCAAAUGAAAUAUGUAUUUAUAAAUAUAAUGUCUCUUACAAAAUGAGUUCCACAAAAAAUAAAGACAAAAAAUAAAUUAA